AUGGGACAAGUCUUUGAUAAGCUCCGAGGUAAGCAGUGGAGGCAGAAGCAAGUAGAGGAGAUAUGCGAUCGUAUUUUCGAUCGCUUCAAGCUUCAAACCGGAAGAGCCAAUCUUACCUUUGAAGAGCUAUACAUUGCGGUGCUACUCGUCUAUAAUGAUAUCAACAAGCGAUUACCUGGUCCCCAUUUCGAUCCACCUUCUAAGGAUUUAGUCCAAAGCAUUAUGACGGACUGCGAUAUGAACCUGGAUGGAGAAAUUGACAGAGAGGAGUUUGUCAAGUUUAUUGAGCAGCUUUCGGCUGACACAUUCGCGGUGGUGAGUCAGGGUUUGAUCAUUUCUUUGGUUGUGGCUCCGACUGUGGCUAUUGCGACUAAAAAGGCCACUGAAGGUGUCCCUGGAGUUGGUAAAGUGGUGCAGAAGCUGCCUACUUCUGUCUACGCUUCUCUUGUCACUCUUGCUGUUGUAUGGGCUAAUUCUGAUACAAGUUAA